AUGAGUAGUAGUGGUAGUAGUAGUCAACCAAUAGCAGCUUCAAAUCGACAAGGCAGCAUUGCAGCUCGAUAUUUGAAUACCAAAACCUUUCGAACUGACAAUGCCAUGCGCUAUGCUGGGUCUCAUCCUCAAAAAGUGGCUUCUACCAAGUCUCUGAAUGAGUCCACUUUUACUGCCUCCACUGUCAUGUUGGACUCGUCCAUGGGAUCUUCCUCCAAUGAAGGUUCCUCUACGACGAGUCGGAGUCAAAUGGUAGCAAGCCCAGAUAGCAAAAACACUAGUCUCGAUCGGAGUAUGGACUUUUCAAUGCCUCUGACUCCUGGCCGGGAAUCCACCGCUACCAGCAGUGUUGCGAACAGUGAAAGCUCUCGGGGCAGACGAAGCUUGAUCAAUCGAUUUCGAAAGCGACGGCAGCAGAACACCUUUGCCAAGCUGGGAUUGGAACACGAAUCUUCUGGCUUGGAGAAAUCACCCAGCAGACCAUUUUCACAACAACAACAAUUUGCACCAACAUCAGUAUCCUAUCAACCGCAACAGGCACCAACUUUGAACCGGGCAGCAUUGGAUCAGAGAGAUUCCACUGCACGAGAAACAAAUGCAUUGAACUCUUCUACAGCACCCAGAAAUGAUUUGAUGGAAAAGAACAAUGCCCGAAAAAUACUAUCUUCGAGGAUUGCUCUUCGCGCGCGAUCCAAAGGAAUCUUUCCAAAAACCACACCACCACAACCACGGCAUCCACAGCCACAAUCCAUGCCGUUGCAUCCUCAGCAACAUCGAGAGGAGACAGAAACGGCACCGACCGAAAUUAUGGCUCCUACGGAAGUGAUGCAAAACUUGUCGUCGGCUCGGGGAAUGGAACCACGCAAUUCUGCAGCCUUGUCCGAAGCAGGGGCCCCAACGGAAAUUAUGAACAACCAGUCCCGAAAAGCCCCAAAUCAUCGAUUCCGGACGGAUCCAGCGCUGAAUUUUCCCAGAAAACCCUUGUCGCUUCCAACACCGCAACAUGCCUUGCUAGACGAUGCCACGAUUACUUCGGAUCAACAGUCGCUUCCGAUUCAAUCGUUGAUUGAUUUGCAGCAGUCCUCGUCCAUUUCCACCACGAAUUCGUUGGAAAAACAAGCCUUGCAUACAGAAGCCACCAUGCAAUCCCCACCGCGGGCUUGGAAGAAUGGGCCCAAACGGUCUCUGGAUUCACUCUUUGCGAAACAACAACGCAGUUUGCAGAACAACAAAUCUGACGAUGCUUCGAGUUGUUUUACAGAGGAGCGAGAGUUGGACCACGAUGCGGUGGUGCAACGAGUCUUUUCCUUGGACAAGGUGGAUUUGGAGCAAGCGGUGCCGCUUCCGUUGCCAUCUCUGCUCACCACGAAUCCCAAUACCAAACAGGCAUGUGCACAAGUCCAACCGAGACAUCCUACAGAAGUUUCCUUGACGUAUAAGGAACAACAGCAACAACAGGCGUCACUUAUAUUGAAUGAAAUUCCAGAAGCGACUCCUUCGCAAGAAAAAGAUGAACCCAUGGAGGAGGGCUUGUCGUUUGCUUCCAAGGAAGUGCAUGCCCCUUCUUUGCGGUCAGAUGAAGGCAUGUCCUUUGGUUCAAGAGAAGGAAUCCAGACGGAUGCUGUAUCUGUCUCGAAAAGUGUCUCGUUGGAUGGUCUGGCCUUUGCAAAAUCCAAUGAAGAUGGUGUUUUCGAAGACUCGGCCGAGUCUUUGUUUGGAAACCUGGAAGAAUCGAUCAUUUCACCGGCAGGAUCUGUCCAAGGCAAUGAUAAUGACUUUGGUUUGUAUGACGAUUUGGAUCAGUUGCAAAACUCCCCAACGGGUUCCACUUCUUUCAUGUCGAUGGAAGCCAAUCCACCUUCGAUUGGUUCCAUGAAUGACACUGACCUUCCGGAGUCACAACGAGAAGCAGUUUCGACUCCGCACACACGAUUGACUUCCAUCAUUACUCCAGACAAUGUUUCGAACGACGAUCACUCGAAUCUGGAAAAGGAAGGGAGGAACAAAGAAGGUGAAUGGACGGAUUUGAUCGAGGUGUAUAGAAGCCGAUCAAGUGUCUCGGACAGCAAAAACGCUGUUGCAGUCACAGUCGAACCAAAAGGAAGUGAUGGCGAGCUAAUACCAACUACCAACGUGGCUUCUUCUCGGUGGACCAAAACCGAUGAUGCAAACAAAUUCGCAGAGAGGCGCUCUUAUGGUUCCAUCAAGGACAGAAUCAAAGCUUUUGACAAACCCCAAAAGGUUUGGAAACCACCUGUCAAAGGAAAGACAUGGAAGUCUCCUUCCAAGGUUGCUAAUGGGCCUGCACCUCGUCAAGAACCAACAUUACCGGCGGUGGUCGUGGACGUUGGACUCGAAAGCAACUAUAGCAACGAGGAAAAGAAAUCGGAGGAAGCACCAUUCUCUUUCAUUCGUGAUGAUGAUGACGCAGACACAGUGAGCGUGAAGAGUAUGAAGGACAUUUGGGAAAAUAGGAUUUCUGGAACUGGAAACUUUGCGUCACAAUCAGAAAAGGACGAUUUUGAUAUUGACAACGACACUAUUCGAGACGACGAUGACGAUUGUGCUAGUGUCAAGAGCUUGAAAGAUGCAUGGGAAAUCAAGUUUUCUCAAGACGAUUUGGACAACGGGUUUGAUGACGACCUGGAUGAAGACGCUGGAACCGUCAAGAGUCGCAGAGAAGAACUGCAAAAGAGAAUAAGCGACCAGCAAGGAAUUCCUCGCGUGGUCAGUGUUGAUGAGGACGAAAACGAUAAUCUCGAUUUGGAUGAUGGAAACGAGAGUGUCAAGAGUUUACGCAAACGCUUUGAUGCUCCCAACGGACCAAAACGAGAGUCAGUUAACCGACUACGCGCUAUGUUUGAACAAAGUGGGGCUUCUUCCAAGUCUUCGCCAGCCCGAAGCAAGAGUUGGCGUGCCAACAAGAGUCCCGCCCGAAAUGCACCAGCGAGAAACAGGAGUUUCAACUCGCAGGGAUCCGCGCCGCGAUCUAGUGGCAACGUCAGCCAUGGAGGAGACGAGGAUUCUUUGAGAAGGAUGGCAAUGGCAUGGAGUCAGAAAAGAUCGGAGGCAAAGAGGAAAAGCGUUCCCAGUACACCAACUGAGUCUGAUGCACAAGAAGUCCCCACUUUAGCACUAGACACAGCGAGAAUGGAAAUCAACGAAGCAGCAGACGAUGGAUUUGCCUCGGGUGCGCGGGGAAAGCAAUCUGAGGCACUAAAGUCGACAGAGUCUACGAAUGCUGGUAUGCACAAGAAACCAAAUGCCCCAGCUUUACACAUAAAUUACCGCGAAAGGUCCAUGACGUCAGCAUCCAAGAGCACAGCACGGCCGAUGCAGAGACAAGGAUCGGGAGAUGGAAGAUCUGCGCCUUCAAUGCAGGAUCGCUUGGACCGAUGGAGCAACCGUCUAAAGGCAGCCAAGAAGAAGCCAGUGUAUGUUCAAAAUUCUCCCAGUAUGGAAUUUUCAGUGAGUGAAGCAAGCAUGAAGGCUGCUUCGUCAUUUGACAAUAUUGGACAAGAGAGUGUCGGUCAGCCUUCUCACGAGGAAGAACGACUUCAGAGACAAAUGUCGAUGCCAAGAGGGGGAGACGCACGUGGACGAUCGAUGGAUACGGAGUAUUCGGACGCAGUUACGCUCGACGUAUCGAUCGCGGAAGUGUCCAAUAUUACCGACCCUUCGGGCCUUCGCACCAUGAGGAGCCAAGAUACUCUCAGUGAUGUAUUAUCAAGUCCAGGAAGAACCCAGUUCGUGACUUCACCAGGAAGAACCCAGUUCGUGAAUUCACCAAGCCGCAUGACAGUGGAGCUAAAUCAAGUCAUCGAAGAGCCAACUCCCGAAGAAAGCAUUCUAGAUGGGAUGCCUCAGCUGUCUGGUACAGGCCAUGCCAUAGAAAGCAACCCGAGCUCGAGAAUGGAAGAAGAUAUCAGAAAGUCUCAUGACUACGGCGAUACAAAUCCUUUCUCCCUUGUUUCUGCAAAGACACACGAGCCAGUCGAAUCCGAGCAGGACCCAUUCUGUUCGCUCCAAAAUCAGUUUGUGGUUGACGAGAAACAGUCCCGGCACCCAGAUACAAGUAUGCAAGACCGCAGCAAUCCUGCCAGGCUGGAGGAAAUAAUCGCUAGUUCCGCAAGCUUUGCGCCUGCUCAUGUUUCAAGUGGUCCAACAAAGAAGCCAAACGCCAAACUUCGUAUGAUCCCUGUUCUCCGUCGUCCGACUUCAAGUUCCAACAGCACUGCAAGUGAGCAACCAGUACCGGAGCAUCCCGUGCCCCACAUGCAGUCUCCCAAAAAGCAACGAAAGAAGGUAUCUUUCAAGUUGUCGGAUUCGCCAUCCAUCAAUAGCGCGGAUUCCCGAGUCACGGAAAAGACCGCUUCGUCUUCUGAGCUAUCCAGUUUGCCACCAAUCCCAUCCCAGUAUGAUGAUGACUAUGAGGCAGUUAUGCAAGAAAGGCAUAGACUGUUAUUGCAACGGCAACGGGCCCUCAAAGAGCGCGUUACUGCUCGACAAGAUGCAUCGCCGCAGGUUGAGCCAAUUGUGAACCACCAACGGACUCAAGGCUCGAGGCAAUCACGGACUCAAAUGAGGUUGUUUGGUAGAACUCAUCCUAUUCAUAGGUCCACACAGAAGUCGAAUGCUACCAUGCCCAAAACAAACAAGGCGGCCUCGAGAAGUCUCUUUUCCAAGAACAAGGCACAGCAACAUGGAAUGACAGAAGCUCCGAUCAUCACUCCAACCAAGUUUGCGUCUCCAGAAUCUUCACCAGCCGCACGCCCAUUGAGCAACGCAACACCGCGCAGUCUGUUAUCCAAGAUGCAGCAAGUCCAAACACCUCCGCAAACUCCAGUCACUCCUCCGAGAAAUAGUGAGCCCAUGGAAGAGACGAAUCCUGGCUAUGGUUAUUCGCCGAUGCGCACUGGAAGCCCUAUCAAGGCAGUUAUUCCUCGUUAUCAUCCACGAUCGCAAGUUGGAAGAAAACAGCAGGCGACGAUUGCAAGCAAGAAACAAUCUACGUCGUUGUUCAACAGCAUGGCGUCGACCCUUGGUUUUGGUCACGCCACCGAUAGUGGUGCCACUGACAUUGUGGCACGCCUCAAGAGCUACCAAUCGACGUACCAACCUCGAACUACUACUUCACCGCAGCAAGUGGCACAGCAGCAACCACCAGCCCCAGUAGAGCAGCAGCAGCCAGCCCAAGUAGAAACUGAUGACUUUGCAGAUUUUGCCGAUUUUGCAAGUUUCAACAAUGGCUUGGAAGCUGAUGAGUGGCUCUAG